UGGAAGUGACCAAGAUCAGCUGGGCAAAGGACCCUUCACCGGGUGCUGGGGUGUCGUGCCCCUGAAGAUGGGAGUUACAAAUGACCUCCUUGUGAACUGCACGUGUGGCACAGGCACCUGCACUGCCAGACCCCUGGCACAGUAACCCAAGGCUGCCCCGGGACAGGGGGGCGUUGGCCACAGCAGCUCAUCCUGUUAACUCCUCCGUGAAAACACAGGCGGAACAGCUUUCCUUCGCCUCCCGUGAAUGAGGGUUGCGGGUGCCCGUGCCCCGCGCGCUGCUGCGGCGUCCCCUGCCCGCCGCGGGGGUGGGCAGCAGGCUGAGCAUCCCCCGCUCCCCAGCGAGACCGGCAGCCGAGCACGGAGCCGCCCAGCUCUGCCCCUGAGGACAAAUGCCAGCUGCCAGACUCUUCUCUGGAGACCCAGGAGCAGCCCGUGAGGCACCAGCACUGACUGCUCCCACGCUGACAGUGGGCAGUCUGGGACGCCUCUCCUCACAGAUGUGACUCGUGGUGGGACAGGAGUGCUCCAGCUGCCGGGCACGGCAUGCAGCAGGGAUGGGGAUGCUCUGCACUGACCGGGCAGCCUCACGCUGCUAGUGUGGACUUCCCUCCUGCUCUUCCCUAAAGGAUGCUAGCUGCCUGUCCAACAGCUCCUGCUCAUGCAUCCUCCUAGAGUGCAAUGGCGAAGGGUCUGCAGGGCUUCUCGUGGACCAUGCUGCUGCUGUUCUGCGCCAUCCAGGAGCUGGGGUCCUGGGCUGUGCACACAGCAGUGGGGGACCCUGGCCUAGGGCAGCCAGGGGACCCUACACUGCUGGCCGGAGGGCGAGUGAAGCGUGGCUGGGUCUGGAAUCAGUUCUUCGUGGUGGAGGAGUACACGGGCACGGAGCCGCUGUACGUGGGGAAGAUCCACUCGGACUCGGAUGAGGGAGAUGGCUCCAUCAAGUACACCAUCUCCGGGGAGGGCGCAGGGACCAUCUUCCUCAUCGACGAGAUCACAGGUGACAUCCACGCCACCGAGCGCCUGGACCGGGAGCAGAAAACCUUCUACACGCUGCGGGCACAGGCCCGCGACCGGCAGACGGAUCAGCUGCUGGAGCCCGAGUCGGAGUUCAUCAUCAAGGUGCAGGACAUCAACGACAGCGAGCCACGCUUCCUGGAGGGGCCCUACAUCGGCAGCGUGGCUGAGCUCUCCCCCAUCGGCACCUCUGUGAUGCAGGUGAUGGCCUCUGAUGCUGACGACCCCACGUACGGGAGCAGUGCCCGGGUGGUCUACAGCGUGCUGGAGGGUGAGCAGCACUUCACUGUGGACAGCAAAACAGGUGUGAUCCGGACGGCCGUGGCUGACCUGGACCGUGAGACGCAGGACCGCUACGAGGUGGUGAUCCGAGCAACAGACAUGGCAGGACAGCUGGGCGGCCUGUCAGGAUCCACCACAGUCACCAUCGUGGUCACUGAUGUCAAUGACAACCCACCACGCUUCCCCCAGAAGAUGUAUCAGUUCAGCAUUGUUGAAACGGCCCCCGUGGGCACUGCCAUCGGCAGGGUGAAGGCUGAGGACUCCGAUGUCGGGGAGAACACAGACAUGACAUAUCAAGUGAAGGAUGAGGAAGGGGUGGAGAUGUUCAAAGUCACCACGGACAGCAAUACCCAAGAGGCUGUCAUCACGGUACAGAAGCCUCUUGACUACGAGUCAAAAAAAGUGCACACUGUUGUGGUGGAGGCCCUCAACAAGUUCGUGGACCCGCGGUUCGUGGACCUGGGCACCUUUCGGGACCAGACCAUCGUGAGGGUCUCAGUGUUGGACGUCGACGAGCCCCCCGAGUUCCGGCCCCCCUCCAACCUGAUGGAGGUGCAGGAGGACGCACGCGUUGGCUCUGUCGUGGGGGUGGUCACUGCCCUCGACCCAGACACAGCGAACCACCCUGUCCGGUACGCCAUCGACCGCAGCACGGACUCCGAGAGGAUCUUUGACAUCGAUGCCAAAACAGGUGCCAUUGUGACGGGAAAGGUCCUGGACCGGGAGACAGCAGGGUGGCACAACAUCACUGUCCUGGCGAUGGAAGCAGAUAAUCACUCACAAGUGUCAAGGGCCUCUCUCCGUAUCCGUAUCCUGGAUGUCAACGACAAUCCGCCUGAGCUCGCCACUCCGUAUGAAGCUGCUGUGUGUGAGGAUGCCAAGCCAGGCCAGCUGAUCCAGACAAUAAGCGUUGUGGACCGGGAUGAGCCUCAGAGCGGCCAUCAUUUCUACUUCACGCUCGCGCCUGAAGCCACCAACAACCACCACUUUUCUUUGCUGGACAUCCAGGACAACACGGCUGCGGUGCACACACAGAGAGUGGGCUUCAACCGCCAGGAGCAGGACGUGUACCUGCUCCCCAUUCUGGUGGUGGACAGCGGCCCCCCGGCCCUGAGCAGCACGGGGACUCUGACCAUCCGUGUCUGUGGCUGCGACAGCAGCGGGGCCAUCCAGUCCUGCAACAGCACAGCCUAUGUCGUGUCGGCCACGCUGAGCCCCGGCGCCCUCAUCGCGCUGCUGGUCUGUGUCCUCAUUCUGGUUGUGCUGGUCCUUCUGAUCCUCACGCUGAAGCGACACCACAAAAGCCACCUGACUUCUGAGGAUGACGAGGACAUGAGGGACAAUGUCAUCAAAUACAACGAUGAAGGGGGCGGCGAGCAGGACACGGAGGCCUACGACAUGUCGGCCCUGCGCAGUCUCUACGACUUCAGUGAGAUCAAAGGUGGCGAUGGAGGUGGGGGGCCAGGAGAUGGGGGCCCGGGCAGAACCCCCGCCUCUGAGCUCCAUGCCCUCCCACAGUGGGUGCAGAGCCCGGACCUGGACUUCUCUGUGUUCAGAGACUAUAUCUGCAGGAAGGUGGAGCAGGCGGACGAGGACCUCUCUGUGCCGCCCUAUGACUCAUUCCAGACCUAUGCCUUUGAGGGCUCGGACUCCCCUGUGCCCUCCCUGAGCUCCAUCAACACCUGGUCCAGCAGUUCGGAGCAGGACUUCUCGUACCUGAGGGGCUGGGGGCCACGCUUCCGGCAGCUGGCAGCGCUGUACGCGGGGCGCAGGGGCGAGGAGGACAGUGAGGAGUCGUAGCUGCCUCACCAACCCCUGCGAGGCUCCCGGUGCCUCCUGGACUGCGGCUCCCGCACCGCGAGGUGCCACGUGGGGACCGUGGCCAGACUCCACGGCUGCCACAAAGGGGCUGCGCCGCAGGGCCGGGGGCACUGGAGGACUGCUCCUCUGCAGCUGCCUCCUGCUUGGGUGGGCUCCGCACCCCCGAGGAGGGGCUGGGGAGCCUGGAGGAGCCUGGCUGUGGUGUCUUCAUCUCCUCAGUGCCAGUCCUCAUUAGAGCACUACGCAUUAACUUAAGGAAGAAAAUCUAAUUCAAGAGAGUUUGGAGACUUGAUUUCUCCCCCCACAAAUUAUCAUUUAAAUAGAUCUGUUCGGUGAGCCCCAUCCAGGAGAGGAAGAGCAAACCGGGAGCCUUUUGUUGUCUAAAUUGUUUUUGUCACUUGAGUCAGAGUAUUUGAAGAGCUUUGAUUUCUUUAAGAGCUUUCCUUUCAGAAGGAAACAAGCUUUUAACUUCUGUUAAGAUUUCCCCCCCUUAAGUUCACUCGCUUUUUUGGAGUCUUCCUUCUCUCUGUUCCCUGUGGGCCUCUCAGCAGCCCCCAGCUGCCAGCAUGGCAUUGGAGGGAUCACAUGCUGCACAGAGCAGCCGCUCACCUCAAACCACACUUCACCCCCACACUGCAGUCUCUUCGCCCCUGUCUUGUGGUCACAGAGGUGCUUGUGAUGUGAAGGGGCUGUCCAACACUCCCUGCACAGCAGACAUUGUCUGCAAGGUCCUGGAGUGCCCCACAAGCCCCAGUGACAGAUGGGGACAUCCCACCCAUGACCAAGGCAGGUGCUGUGGCCUGAGCCGCGGGGCAGUCACAGUGCUGGGGAGCACCAUCAGAGGGGCCCAGAGAAGCACCCCCAGUGGGCUCUGCCAGCCCCUCAUGUGGGACUCAGGGUUUAUGGAGCUCUCAGUCAGGCACUGGCUGUCACCAAACGGUAUGAGCUGCACAGGGCAGCAGGCAGGACAUCAGUGCUACCUGACCCACAGCAGCUGGGGAGAGCUGCAUCCCAUGGAGGACUAUGCUACAGGGUACAAGAUAACCCCAACCCCUGACUGGGGGGAAUAACUCCUGCUUACACCCAGCUGACAGCAAAGCAUCAUCAUGGGCGACAGAAAAGCCAUCCCCAGGAG